CAAACCGGCGGAGCGCCCUCGCGAAUGGCAGCGCCGCCGAAGCUCCGACCGACCACCGAAAGUCGCCAAGCUUCUUUCCAAGGUCCCUCCGUCGACGAAUGCCAACAAACCAAGCGAUGAGAGGACCCUGUUCGAGCAGCUGAAGUCACAGGGGCUUCACAACGCCGAGCCACGACGGAACAUCAGGGUGAUCAGGCAGUCGAUGACCCGUAAGACCGUCACCAUCGCCAGGCAUGAAGUCCUGGUUGAGGAAGAAGUUGGAGGGGAAAACGAAGAAAAAGAUGCAGGCGGAACCGUGGGCGGAGUCAAGGGAGAGGGGACACUGGACGACGAAGGAAACGUGGUCUCGUUUGAAGAAUAUGCUAUAGUUGAUCAGGGCAUGCAAACCGAUCCUGUUCUUGAUCCGCUUGGAGCUUGGUCUAAUAUGAACUCGUUGGAUAUGAAAGUCAAGGGCCCAGCGCCCCUCCAAGCACCCCGGAAGAAUGGGCCCAAUUCGACCCCACCCCAAUCAAGGGGCCCUUGGAGAAAGGUGUCGAUGUGUGUUGCUUCGUGGAGAGAGAGCUUUCGCGAAUCAUCACCGGCAUCAGCGGCUUUACUUUGUACGUCAGACAGCUGCUUGACCGGGAAGUUUCGGAAAUCGCGAAAAGGAACGAUGAAAUCCGAAGUCAGAUGUCGGAAAGGUCACUUCGUAGAGUAGAGAAGAUGGCCUGUGGUAACGAACAACCGGGCGAUCACGACACCAGCCUGAAUGGAAAGCCGACCGUUCCGCCGAUAAGGAGAGGUCGAUUCGAGCUCGUACGAGAUGACAACCAAACAUCAAACUUCGCCAACCGGGUCGCCUUCGCCAGCUACACCACGGGAAGAAGAACAAGUGUAAUCCAAGAAACAGAGACUGCAUCAAAAUCGGCAACUUCGGAUGUGGCGGACUUCUAUCGGCUCUUCCUACCAAUCAUGAAACACCUCCACGGCUCAGACGCAGAAGCUCAACGCCGAUUGGACGACGAAUUGAGUGACGCGAAACGAACGAUGACGUCAUGCCAGCGAUGGAACAUCGAAGCCGAACUGAUAGGGAAGCACGCCACCGACGUUCUGAAAGGGAUAUGCGAUUUCUUUAGAUAUACGGUGGACAAACAAACCCAAGAACACGAAUUCUUGACAAAGGGGCUGAAAAUGAAGGAAGAACUUGAGCACGCUUUCAGAGGAGGCUUGCCUCACGAUAUAUCUUUGAAAGUCAAGCGAUCAUUGUCUCAAAGUGACUUCCUCGAGGCCGGCCACGCCCUCUCAGGAAAGGGACUCCACGUACCUGCCAUUCCUGUUCAAUCCAAGUCCCUCAGCAGUAUAGAGGUAAGCUUCAAAUCCAGACCACUCAAUUUAGAGGGGGGUGGGGGUUCCUUCCACGCUUGUUUCAAAAAGGAAAAUAAAUGUUAA